UCGCGUCCCCCCACUCCAGCCGCGCGUCCCCCAGUCGCCCCCUCCCCAGAAGGAGCGCGCCUGGAGCAGCCGAGGGGCGCCCGUGGAAAGUCGCCCGGGGCAGGCGAGGGUGAAAGAACCCGGGCGCCGGUGAAAAAGGAGCGGACGGCGCUGCGGCAGCAGGCAGGAACAAACGCCGGAGCCGGGAGCCAGCAGUUCGGAGAGAGGUCAACAGCCAUGGGUUCUGUGGGAGGAGACCACCACUUCAAGGAGGGAAGUCCAGUGGUGACACCUGAAGGGAACAUCGUGAUGAGCUUUAGUUUUGACAGCUACCAGCUGGAAGAAGAAGAGCUUCAGGAGAAGACAGGCCAUACCAAAGGAGUCCUCACGUUCAUGGAACCAGUCUGUGAAAACCCUGAGCCUCAAGAUCGUUACCAUGGAAUCUACUUCGCUAUGCUUCUAGCGGGUGUUGGUUUUCUUUUGCCUUACAACAGUUUUAUCACUGAUGUUGAUUACCUUCAUCACAAAUACCCAGGGACUUCAAUUGUGUUUGACAUGAGCCUGACCUACAUUUUAGUAGCCUUGGUUGCGGUCAUUCUCAACAACGUCCUGGUCGAAAUGUUGAGUCUUCACACCAGGAUCACUGUGGGGUAUCUCUUUGCUUUGGGCCCUCUUCUCUUUGUGAGCAUCUGUGAUGUCUGGCUUGAUCUCUUCUCCCAGCGCCAAGCUUAUGCGGUCAAUCUCAUGGCAGUGGGCGUGGUGGCCUUUGGUUGCACAGUGCAGCAAUCCAGUUUCUAUGGUUACACCGGGAUGCUGCCAAAGCGGUACACUCAAGGAGUGAUGACGGGAGAAAGCACUGCUGGAGUCAUCAUCUCCUUAAGUCGCAUCUUCACCAAGCUUCUUCUGUCUGAUGAGAAGGAGAACACCAUGAUCUUCUUCUGCAUCUCCAUUGGACUGGAGCUCUCUUGCUUCCUCCUCCACCUCUUGGUGAAACGAACCUACUUUGUCAGGUAUCACACCUCCCGAUCCCAGAACGGGGCCUCCGAGUUUAAAGGGUCGAUGGACAACGGCACCGGAUACAGAGUCCACCAUGACGUCACAGCAGAAGACAUCCGAUUUGAGAAUCGGCUGCCCAGACAAAAUGCGUCUCCUCCCGACACCUUUGGAGAUGCAGGUGAGCUGGCUGGCAGUGGCACCUAUGUUAGAUUUGACGUCCCUCAACCUGAAAUAAAAAGAAGUUGGCCGAGCUUAAGAGACAUGAUGCUCCAUCGCUAUGUCGUCUCUCGCCUGAUCUGGACCUACAUGCUGUCCAUCGCCGUGACUUACCUCAUCACGCUGUGCCUCUUCCCUGGGCUGGAAUCAGAGAUCCGGAACUGCACCUUGGGGGAAUGGCUGCCCAUCCUCAUCAUGGCCGUCUUCAACCUUUCUGAUUUUGUGGGCAAGAUUUUGGCGGCGUUGCCUUAUGACUGGAGGGGAGCCCACCUCCUUCUCUGCUCCUGCCUGCGAGUGGUCUUCAUCCCUCUGUUUAUCCUUUGCAUCUACCCCAACGGGAAGCCCACCUUUAGCCACCCGGCCUGGCCCUGCAUCUUCUCGCUCCUGAUGGGCAUCAGCAAUGGCUACUUUGGCAGCGUCCCUAUGAUCCUGGCGGCCGGGAAAGUGAGCCCCGAGCAACGAGAAUUGGCAGGUAACACCAUGACGGUGUCCUACAUGACAGGGCUGACCUUGGGCUCCGUGGUAGCCUACUCUGCCUACAGCCUGACCAGCAGUUCUCCAGGUUCCUGUCUCUACCCAAGGAACUACACUGCCUCGGUCCUAGAGGGGAACUGACCAGUACUAUCAGUGGAGCACUGACGUCUAGGCCCGGCCAGGCAAGAUGGCGGGAUAGGGGGAAGAGAGCCUGUGACUCAAUGCCCCCUUGCGGGCACAGCCCUAGAUCCUUCGGGAUCCGCAUGGAAAACAUCCAAGCCACAUCUUUACCCAAUGACCAUGUGUAGGAUACCCAUACCCAUACUCGCGUGGGUAUGACCCCAUGUGGCUAUUCUUCUGCGCAGGUUGCGCCGUUCCUGUUCGUUCCCGCCAGAUUUGAGCAGGAUGUUUCUUUUCUCCAGUGGAUUGUUACGUGUCCUCUACAAUUAUCUCUAGCAGCACCUCAAAUCCAUCGGUCAGAAUAGCAUCUUGCCCAUGUCACGAAGGAGGCGUCCUUUCGCUGUCUCUUGCUUAUUUUUUAAUUUCUUUUUAAAGACAGCUGCUCGAUCAACAUUUGGAAGACCGACGUUCGUCUCCUGCGAAAAGGUGAAUUCCCAGACAGGCUGGGGUAGAGGGAUUUUUGCACGGGGGUGCUGGGGUUUUAGGGCGCAAAGGAGAAAAAAAGGGUGAAAAACGAUUUGGAGGUUGAAUCACGGCAACCGGACUUAUUUUCCUUUGUUCGUUUGAGAGGUUCCGCCGCUCCUCCAAGCAGCUGUAUCAGUCGUAGCAAGUUACAGGUAGUCCUUGAAUUAUGACCUCAAUGGAGCCCGACAGUUCCGUCCCUAAGCGAGACUUUUGUUGAGCAAAUUUUGCCCCGUUUUACAAACCUUUCUUGCCGCGGUUGUUAAGUGAAUCGUGGCCGUGGGUAACCCGCUUGUUAAGUCAAUCUGGCUUCCCCAUUGACUUUCCUCGACAGGAGGUCGCAAAAGGGGAUCACGUGACCCUGGGAUACUGCAACGGUCAUAAAUACGAGUCAGUUGCUGAGCAUCUGAAUUUCGAUCAUGUGACCAUAGUAACAAUGGACAUAAGUGUGAAAAACGGUCGUAAGUCACUUUUUUUCAGUGCUGUUGUAGCUACGAAUGGUCCGUAAAUGAACUAUUGCAGGGGGUCUCCAACCUUGGCCAACCUUGUGGACUUCAACUUCCAGAAUUCCUCAGCCAGUAAAUCAAGGACUACCUGUAAUGCAUUUUUCCUUUGGUGGAGCUACAACUAACGCAACCUCCCAUACCAAGUCCCUUCAACCAGGGCUUCUUAGAUGAAAAUCCAAAUUACAGGCGGAAAUUCUUGUUUUUGCAGGGAAAGAACCCAAAAGCAGGUAUAGGAGAGGCUUUUGCUACAAUACUCCACUCUUAAUAUUUAAAAUACGACCCGUUUUAAUUCUUCUUCCAAUUAAAAAGAGAAAGGGAGAUACGAUAGUAGUACCUGUGAGAGGGAUCUUGGAGUCCUAGUGGACAACCAUUUAGAUAUAAGCCAGCCGUGUGCAGCAGUUGCCAAAAAAGCCAACACAGUUCUGGGCUGCAUAAACAGAGGGAUAGAAUCAAGAUCACGUGAAGUGUUAAUACCACUUUAUAAUGCCUUGGUAAGGCCACAUUUGGAAUAUUGCAUUCAGUUUUGGUCGCCACGAUGUAAAAAAGAUGUUGAGACUCUGGAAAGAGUACAGAGAAGAGCAACAAAGAUGAUUAGGGGACUGGAGGCCAAAACAUAUGAAGAACGGUUGCAGGAACUGGGUAUAUCUAGUUUAGUGAAAAAAAGGACUAGGGGAGACAUGAUAGCAGUGUUCCAAUAUCUCAGGGGCUGCCCCAAAGAAGAGGGAGUCAAGCUAUUCUCCAAAGCACCUGAGGGUAGAACAAGAAGCAAUGGGUGGAAACUGAUCAAGGAGAGAAGAAACUUAGAACUAAGGAGAAAUUUCCUGACAGGACAAUUAACCAGUGGAACAACUUGCCUGCAGAAGUUGCGAAUGCUCCAACAUUGGAAGUUUUUAAGAAAAUGUUGGAUAACCAUUUGUCUGAAAUGGUGUAGGGUUUCCUGCCUGGGCAGGGGGUUGGGCUAGAAGACCUCCAAGGUCCCUUCCAACUCUGUUAUUAUUAUUAUUAAUACCUCCUGCAUAAAUAACAGAUGCAGGAGAGGAUUUUCAACUCUCUUAAGUUUAUCCAUGGGACAUUCACGGAGGAGAUCCUACGUAUAUCUCAUAAAAUAUGUUGAAAAAGCAGCAGCUACGUUGUGUCGGCUAACCUAAGAAGCUAAGAGCCACAUUGUACGAAACCAAAGACCAAGAAACCGUGUUUUAAGGCUGUUCUUGCCAUAUAUUUUGUGGUUUGUUUCCCAUUUCUGUGUUGUCCACGUAAAUUGGAGGAGUGGAAUUCUACAGCACGGGCAAUAAGAUUGGUAGUUUUACAUUUUUGCAAUUAUUAUAUUUUUUUUUAAAAAAAGUUGUCACUAUGGCAAUCACCGUUUCAGCAAAAUCAGCUUGCCUUAAGCGAAGGACCUUGAAAGAUCUUUGAUGGAACUUGUUGCUUUGUAUCUUCCCCU